UAAAAAGACAAGCUAUAUGAAGUUUGGAGGGAAGCCAUACUGCUCCAACUCCACUCGAGAUGCUUAUGCUCUUGCGAUCCAUUCUGAGACCCCUUUGUAUCUUCUUCACCUCUGCCAAAUCUACAUCCUCUUGCUCUCUUUGCCAUCCAUUUCGCUCCCAUUUUUCCUCUCUCGUAGAUCCUGUCUCUCUGCCCCGCUCACCUUCUCAAUCCUCCUCUUCCUCUCAAUGCUUCUCUCUCCUCCGCACCGCCGUCUCCACCUCCAACUUGCCUCUCGGCAAGUGCAUUCAUGCAGGUAUUAUUACCUCUGGCCAAACUUCAGAUCGUUUCUUGGUCAACAACCUCAUUUCUAUGUACUCCAAAUGCGGGUCCCUCACCUCCGCUCGCCAAUUGUUCGAUAGAACUCUUGACCGAGACCUCGUUACCUGGAAUUCCAUCUUAGCUGCCUAUGCGCAGUCAGCGGAUUCUGAUUUGGACCAUGUUAGAGAGGGUUUUAGCCUUUUUCGUCUUCUUCGAGGGUGUUUUGUUUCCACUAGUAAGAUGACUCUGGCUCCUAUGCUGAAGCUGUGCUUACUUUCUGGGUACGUUUGCGCUUCUGAGGCAGUUCAUGGGUAUGCAGUGAAAAUAGGUUUAGAGUGGGAUAUGUUUGUUUCGGGAGCCCUUGUGAAUAUCUAUUCUAAAUUUGGUUUAGUUAGGGAGGCUAGAGUUAUAUUUGAGAGAAUGCAGGAGAGGGAUGUGGUGUUGUGGAAUGUAAUGCUCAAGGCAUAUGUGGAAAGUGGUAUGGAAGAAGAGGCACUUAGUCUCUUCUCAGAGUUUCAUCAGAGUGGCUUGCGUCCUGAUUAUGCUAGUGUUUGCUGUGUUAUCAAUGGGAUAUCUGAUAUUUGUUCCCAUACAGGAAAGAAGUACAUGGAGCAGAUUCAAGCCUAUGCAACUAAAUUAUUGUUCUAUGAUGAUAAUAAUUCAAAUGUGGUUAUGUGGAAUAAGAAAUUGUCAGAGUAUCUCCAAGCUGGUGAAUAUUGGGAUGCUGUUAGUUAUUUUAUAGAUAUGAUUAGAUCAUAUGUGAAAUAUGAUAAUGUGACAUUAGUCGUGGUGUUGGCUGCAGCAGCUGGUACAGAUAACCUAAGGUUGGGGCAACAGAUUCAUGGUAUGGUUUUGAGAUCAGGUUUUGAUUCUGUGGUAUCUGUUGCGAAUAGUGUUAUCAAUAUGUACUCAAAGCUGGGAUUUGUAUCUUUUGCAAAGAAAGUGUUUACUGGCAUGAAUGAACUGGAUUUGAUUUCAUGGAACUCAAUGAUAUCUUGUUUUGCACAGAAUAAUUUAGAACAGGAGUCAGUAAAUCUACUUAUAGGUCUAUUGCGUGAUGGGCUUCUACCAAAUCAUUUCACGUUGGCAAGUGUGCUAAGAGCUUGCUCCUCAAUUGCAGAGGGGUUGUAUCUUAGUAAGCAGAUUCAUGUUUGUGCAAUAAAAACCUGUACGAUUGCUGACACUUUUGUUUCAACUGCUCUUAUAGAUGUUUACUCAAGAAGUGGGUUAAUGGCAGAGGCUGAAUUUCUGUUCAAAAAUAAAAAUGAGUUUGAUUUGGUGACAUGGAAUACAAUGAUGUCUGGGUACAUAACUAGUAAUGAUAUUCAUAAAGCAUUGGAACUUUUUGCUUUGAUGCAUAAAAGGGGAGAGAGUUGUGAUGAGAUCACAUUAGCGACUGCUGCUAAAGCCUGUGGUUGCUUGGUGUGGUUGGAACAAGGGAAGCAAGUUCACGCUCAUGCAACAAAGUUAGGUUUGGACUCAGAGUUAUUUGUAAUUAGUGGUAUUCUUGAUAUGUAUAUCAAAUGCGGAGACAUGGAAAAUGCAUAUUUGUUGUUUAAUGAUAUUCCUAAGCCUGAUGAUGUUGCAUGGACAACUAUGAUAUCAGGAUGUGUUGAAAAUGGAGAUGAAGACCGUGCACUUUCUAUAUACCAUCAGAUGAGGCUCUCUGGAGUUCUACCUGAUGAAUAUACCUUUGCUACCCUUAUUAAAGCCAGCUCUUGUCUAACAGCAUUGGAACAGGGGAGACAAAUUCAUGCAAAUGUGAUCAAGCUGGAUUGUGCUUCAGAUACUUUUGUCGGGACUUCACUCAUUGAUAUGUAUGCCAAGUGUGGGAACAUAGAAGAUGCAUAUUGUUUAUUUAAAAGAAUGGAUGUGAGAAACAAUGUCUUGUGGAAUGCCAUGUUGGUAGGUCUAGCUCAACAUGGACAUGGUAGAGAAGCCCUUCACCUCUUCCAAGUCAUGAAAUCUCAUGGUAUUCAACCUGACAGAGUUACCUUUAUUGGUGUCCUUUCUGCCUGUAGCCAUUGUGGGUUAGUCUCUGAAGCUUAUGGGCAUUUUUAUUCAAUGCAAAAAGAUUAUGGUAUUCAUCCUGAGAUCGAGCAUUAUGCUUGUCUUGUUGACGCCCUUGGCCGUGGAGGGCAAGUUAUGGAGGCGGAGAAACUGAUCUUAUCAAUGCCCUUUGAAGCUUCUGCUUCGAUGUACAGAGCCUUGCUAGGUGCUUGUCGUGUUCUAGGGGAUAUGGAAACUGGAAAAAGGUUGGCAACCAAGCUAAUGGCCUUGGAGCCAUCUGACUCAUCAGCGUAUGUUUUAUUAUCUAAUAUUUAUGCUGCAGCCAACCAAUGGGAUGGUGUAACUAAUGCUAGGAGAACAAUGCAGAGGAAGAAUGUAAAGAAGGACCCAGGGUUUAGUUGGAUAGAUGUGCAGAACAAAGUGCAUUUGUUUGUGGUGGGUGAUAGAUCCCAUCCUGAGGGUGACUCAAUAUAUGGUAAGGUGGAGGAUAUGAUGAAAAGGAUCAAAGCUGAAGGAUAUGUUCCUGAUACAGAUUUUGUGCUACUUGAUGUGGAGGAAGAGGAGAAAGAGUCUUCCCUAUAUUACCAUAGCGAGAAGUUAGCGGUUGCAUAUGGACUGCUAAGCACUCCUCCAUCCAGCAGGAUUAGAGUGAUAAAAAACCUCCGUGUCUGUGGAGAUUGCCACAAUGCUAUUAAAUUAAUAUCAAAGGUCUAUCAGAAAGAAAUUGUGUUGAGAGAUGCAAAUCGUUUCCAUUGUUUCAAAAAUGGAAGCUGCUCCUGUGGUGAUUAUUGGUAAUUUUAAAAUUGACAUCUUCUUGAUAAUCCUUCAACAAUGAAUUUUCUCCUUUUACUGGUGGCACCACAACUGAGCCACCAUAACAUGCUUGUUCAUUAUAACCAGUGAUUUGUUUGCAUGAAUAUAUUUAUCAAGCAAGAAAGGCUCGAGAAUAUUUAUUUGCCAAGGCAUGGACCUAAGCUCUAAUCCGUCUGCUGGUCUUUACUUUCUGCGUUGAAUAUGUUAUUCCAUUGCUAAUUCUUAUUCACUUUCUCAGGUGAUAUUUUUCUUUUGGAUUUUGAAUUUGAUUUCUUAGAAGGCAGUAAAUUUGGGCUACACAUCUCCAAAAUUUUAUGAACUGCUUCAACUUCUUCUAACAUUUGGAGAGCUAGGCAAAUUUGUGCCUCAUUUUUGUUGAUACAAUUGGUACAGGUAAAGUGAUUGAAAGAUUUCUGAAGAAAGUCCCAGUAUUAGCGCAUUUCACAGUGUCAUAUGUUACUGGUUCCAGUACAUCGGUAAGGUGACACCUAAAGAACAGAAGGAAAUGCUGGAAUCCUUUUGUUCAGGAAGGGUGUAUGGUCUUGUAUAUCAUAAAUUAUUUCUUAAAGUUAUUGCAUUUGAAUACCUAAUAACCAAUGAAUAUGCCUAUAUAUACAGGUUAAGCUUUUUUUGCCACUGAUGUGUUGAGGGAGGGAAUUCAUGUGCCAAAGUGCUCGUGUAAUAUUUUGAAUUGACCAAGAUAGUCUGCGGUUAUUUCAAAACUCAGACAUGCUAGACAAAAUGAUUUCCAACAUAUCAUUAUGCUUGAGAGGGCAAACGUGAAACAAAGGGAUUAUUUGAUUUCAUCCUGAGUGAAUGUCUGGUGACAAAUGCAACUAUAAAUAGUGAUCCUUGAUGUAUAGGCUUUGAGAGCAUGUAUUGCUUAGGGAACCAAGCAAUAUAUUGUGAUACUGCUCUAGUGUUCAGCCUGACAUUGAGCAUUAAGCUUGUUUUGUCGAUUCCCUUGGCCGUGCAGGGCAUGUUCAAGAGGCAGAGAAACUGAUCUUAUCAAUGCCCUUUGAAGCUUCUGCUUCAAUGUACAAGUCUUGCUAGGUGGUUCUUGUGUUUUGGGAGAUAUGGAUACUGGAAAACAAGUCUAAUCUGACUCAUCAGCAUGUGUUGUAUUAUUUUGAUAUCUAUGCUUCAGCCAAGCAUAUGGGAUGGUGUAACUAAUGCUAGGAGAACAGUGCGAAGGAAGAAUGUACAGGAGGAUCCUGGCUUAAUUGUAUGGAUGUGAAGGAUAGAGUGAAUUUUCUUUUUGUCUUGUUUAAAAUAAAGGGAUCAUUAUUAUCAUAACGUUAUAAUUUAAUUAAACUAA